AUGCCCUCCUGGGCUCUCCCUGGGCGUCACAACAACAUAGUAAUGCGGUACAAGGCUAUUUUGGGGACCUCCCUUGCAUUCUCUCGCACCCAUAACCCUCGCAACAUCGAAUAUUUCUGGUACCCAUUGUGGGAUCAGACCCUCUCGGAUUUAGUCGCGGAUGUUCCCAACCUAAUUGUUGCACAACAGUUUCCCAUAUGGAUUGUCCCUGAAGAUGAUAACAAGGACGAGGAGGAGAACGAGGAGGAGAAUGAGAACGAAGAGGAGAAUGAGAACGAGGAGGAGAACGAGAAUGAGAACGAGAACGAGGAGGAGGAGGAGAACGAGGAGGAGGAGGAGAACGAGAACGAGGAGGAGGAGAAUGAGAACGAGGAGGAGGAGGAGGAGGACAAUAUAUCCUUGGCAUCGACCACCUUGGAAAAGGAUGUGCAUGGUGUCUUUGUGGAUUUCGCCAUCCUCAAUCUGACUGCAGUGGCUCAGCCACUGCAGAAGUAUCGUUACAGAGGAUGGAAGAUUACUGUGGCCAGCGUCGGCCUUCUCGUAGAAGUAAAAAGGUUUCCACCAGGCAGGAGUUUGACUGAUGAGGAACAGAAGUCAAACAUUUCAAACAAGCUUGUUUCAGCUAAGAGCGAUCUGGUUGAACAAGCCACAUUCCUCUUCUUGCAAGAUGCAAACUUGAAUUCUGUCUUAGCCAUCGCAGCCACAGGUCCAUAUUGGAGUGGUGCUACAAUUCGUCGCGGCAACAUCAAUUGGACUAUGCACCAAUUAUCAGCAAAGGACCCAAGCUAUCUACCACCCGGGCCACAACACAAGGACUCAGCACUGAAUUGGAACAAUGUUCUGCGCAUUGAUGUCCCGCGCUCUAGAGACCGCUUGCGCACAAUAUACAACACCUUAAGGGGCAUGGGAGUGUUGCAAGUACCCGCAGAUGUAUAA